AUGGGCAAUUUUUUCGCCACUCACGUUCCGAACAUCAAUACUCUUGAUUUGAAUAAUGAAAAUCAUUUCAAUGUGCUUGAUUUCUUGGCUAAAACCUUGCAUGAUUUGUAUGUCGAGUAUCAAUCACAACUACAACAGUAUGCAAAAAAUUCAAUUCAUAAACCAGUUUAUAUUGAUCUAUUUUCGAUACCACUCCCGAAAGAAAUGAUCAUUCGAUUUGAGACGACCCUCACACGAGAUCAAUUGGAGUUGGAUCCCGAAAAAAAGUACAAUCCCGCAGUGGAAUUUCAGGACAUUUUAUCGUUUUUGACCCAUUUGGAAAAUGCAGAUAAAUGUACAAAAACAAUCUUGGAGCUAAGAUCUUUUCUUCAAUCAAACAAACGAUUCUUAACGACGUCGCAUUCAAAGAACAGCAUGGGUUUAGUUGGAGUCAAUAAUGACAUUACAAGAAAUUUAAAUGCAUUCGAGGACACCAUUAAGGAUUUGAUUGAUGAAAAUACCAAGUCGAAAGACAGCAGUUCAGAUUUAUACAAUCGACUUCAGCUCAAUAACUUUUUAAUUCAAUUGGAAAUUCAUUUGUUCUCAAAGUUUAGCUUGUUUUUGAAAAGAAAAGCAGAAAAAUCAUACUCUAGAAACGCUACCAUGUCACGAUUAAGAACACCUGAAAGCGGUCGAUCCAUGUCAUUGUGCAGACAAGGCCCUCCAGCUUUUCUGUUGGAAAAACAAGACUCUCCUCCUGACAGUCCCAGCCAAAAGUUCUUUGAUAGCAGCCCUUCUUCAUCCACUUUUAGCCCUUCUUUUUUCACUCCUGACAACAUGCCAGAGAGAAGGAGGAGGUCAUUCACGGUUUCAACUCGCCAAAAACCAUUUGAAAAUUUAGAGGCAACAGAAACUGUCGUGUCUCCAUUUCAACAGCCCGUAGUUGCAACUCCUUCUUCCACAAUUUCACCGCCAGUUACAAAAAAUUCAAGCAAGGAGAAUGUUCCCGUUACGUCAAAGCCACUUGUAGUGAAAAAGAAAAAGAAAAAAGAGCAAGACCCUUUUACAUAUUCUUUCUUGCUGACUCAAAAAGGUUAUGUUACAGACCAAAGGUUCAAGAAAAAAGUUGUCACUCCGAGAUCCAUUGCCAAAGAAUCAGAAAAGGAAAUAUUAAUCACAAAAAUUUAUGAUUCGAGUGAUGAAGAGGAACGGAUUGCUGUCACUCUUCCAAAAAAUCACGAGGUUUCUCCGCUCGUAGCAAAAAUCAACAAAAUGAUCAAAGUCAUCAGACAAAAUCUUCCAGAAAUUGAAUAUAAGGAAAACGACAAAAAUUUAAUCCCUCUUGUUAGAGAAGAUCCAAACUCUCUGAGAAAUAUUAUUUUAGCCAUUUCGUUUUUUGAGGAUCUCGAUUUGAAUGAUGUGAGCAAUCAAUAUGCAAUUGUUGAGUGUGGAGGAAUUCCUACUCUUAUUAAGCUUUUUGAUCAUCACGGGGAUGACCGAAUUCGAAUUGGAUCAGCAAACAUUUUAGCACAUUUAUCUAGGAAUUCAAGGAUUCAACUUUCGAUUGCAGAGAAUAUGCCAGCUCUUCUGAGAUGCCUUAACAGCAAUCAACCAGCUGAGGAAUUGGCAUCAAUGACACAUUUACAAAAGACUCAUCACAAACUGAAAUUUAACAAGACUUCGCAGAUAACAUUUUUGAGUCUAUUGACCGAAGUUAUUGCCAAUUGUUGUGAGCGAAUUGCAGUGAGAAGAAUUAUCAAAAAGACAAAAGGUAUCAAAAAAGUGUUGCUGUUUUUAUUGAACAAUAUUGGCUUCUUCGAUGGUUCGGGACAUGCAGGUGUCAAUAUAUUUGAUUACUUUAGAGUCAAGGGAUCUUCUCAAAACAGGCCGUUCUCUCUAGCAGCACAGAAUUUACAAAAUAACAAGACACCUGAAGCUCUGUCCAUUAUCCACAAUUGUCUACGAAUUAUUUGGAGCACCUCAAAGAGCAAGUCCAAUCAAGAGGAUAUUUGCAACACAAAGCUUUCUGGCAUGUCUGGAAUCUCAAUUUUAGACAAAUAUUUGGAUCAAUUAUAUUUUUACCUCAAAGAUUUUGGAUCUGAAGCUGACGAAACUGUGAUUGGCCCACACAAAAUUCUUGUUCCCGUCAUUGGAUCUUUCAUGCACUGUGCUGAAAAUGAUGCUAUACGUGUUCAAUUGAGAAAUAACGAUUUGGUGAAAAAGUUACUAGUUGUGCUUACUUCAAUUAAUAAUAUCAUGGUCAAAACCAAUGUCUUUCACAUUGAGCUGUUAAUUGUCAUGUCAGGAUUACUUUUUAACUUAACAAUUGAAAAACACGUUCGAGAGCAAAUUAACACCAUUUUAGAAAUUAUGGCUCUUUGGAUCAAAAAGUAUGAAAAACAAGCCAGGGCAGACCCAGAACGAUCUCUCAUCCUCUUGGAAUAUAUUACUGGUGCAAUGUUUAACGCUUCCUACUCGAUGGAAAACGCUCAGAAAAUAUUUGAAUUAGGUUUAAUACCCUCGCUCACAAGUUUUCUAGACAUUAAUUUUGUUCCAAAACGAGCCAAGCAGCAACCAACGAAUACAUCACUCAAUGCCUCCCUCGCUUCAAAAUCACCAACCUCACCGACAUCUGUACUUUCUCCAAGUAAGAGAAGAAGAAGAGCUGAUAUUACAGACCAAGAAGAAGUCUUUAUUGAUGCUUCGUACACGAGCGGUCUGCUUAAAACAAAAUCCGUUGAAAAAUCAGAUGAGCUGAUCAAAUUUAGAUGUGCUGGAAUUAUUGCCAAUUGUGCAAGAUUACCUUGGACAAAACUCUUAAUUUUCAAAUCUGGAAUUGUGGACUAUAUUUCUCCUCUAUUAGUUUCAUCUUCAAAAACUGAUUUAAUUGCUCAUUGUUUGGAUAUUUUGGGUCAAAUAUGUAACUGCAGCUCCGUAUUGGAUAGUAUGUUAAAACAAGGAGCAAUGAAAGCCAUUUGGUCCAUGGUCCGAAAUGAAAAACCAGAAAUUCAAGCAGCUGCAGCACGAGCGAUUUCCAACUGCAUUCACAAUGCUGAAAUUGCUGCACGAAUUGGAGAGACCUAUGUCAGUGGCAUUGGAGUAUUAGUUCGGGUGUUGGAAUCUUCGUCCGAUAUUUAUGUUUUAGGAAAUAUUUGUCUGGCCAUUGCCAAAAUGAGUCAAAAUCCAAUGAAUCGAGCCAUUUUCACGGAAGAGGGAGCAUGCACACAUAUUGCCAACAUGUUACGAACCACACAAAAGUGGAUGGAUGAUUUGAUGGCAGCCCUGUCCACCAAACCAAAAGCCAAUGAAUUUUCAAUAGUGGUCUAUGAAACAGAAACUGGUGAAAAAAAGAAGUUAGUUUAUGACAACCCAGUUCUCAAUUCUCGCUUAAAUGAUAAUCUAUUUUUAAGAUCCACAGCUGCUCUCGCUAUUGCUGAGCUCGGAAAACAUGCACACAAUUCAAUCACAUUUUUUGAACAGGGAGUGGUCGAUCCACUUAUUGAGAAUAUUAAGCUUCAAAGAAUGUUGCAAAAACAUUACGAUUCCAACCAUAGAAAACAUUACGAGAAUACUGCCAUGAUUGACAUUAUUUCCAAUACUUCUGGAAAAUCAACAAUGACACAAGAAAAUGGAAGUCCAUCUCUUCCACCCAUCCCUAAAGAGUUUUCACGCCAUCAGCAUCACCAUGGAAGCAACAGCAGCCUCUCACAUCAUGUUAGUGCUGACUCCAAGAUGGAGCAAACACGAAAAUUACAACACAAAAAGCCCUCACCUUUUGUGUGCCACAGUAUUGUUUGUGCUCCUUACAUGAAAUUGGAAAAUUCUCUCAUGAACAUUGCUGGAAUGUUGGAAAGUGAAAAUUUGUCAAAAGGUCACAACAGCAGCAGCGACAAUAUUUCGUCAGACGAAAAGGAAGAAACUGAAGAAAUUUAUGAAGAAAUUCCAAUGAUGGUCGCUCCUUCAGAUAUUGAUUGUCAUUACCAUCACAUUUUCAGAAAUACUUCCUACGCUCUAAGUGUUCUUUCUGAAAAUGAAAUAAUUUCUAAAACUCUACGAAUUUGCAAUACCGUCCAUUUGUUGGUUCGUUUGUUGAGUGCCAAGAAUGACGCUCUGCAAUUAAGUGCUGCGAAUGCCAUUGCUAACGUUCGAAAGUUUCAUGUAUGCUCCAAAACAGCAACAAGUCACAAAGAAUAG